AGUACGCGGCUCGUGUGCACGAGGUAAACACGGCUCCCAUGACAAUUAGAAUGGAAUGAUACGUGGAGAAGCGUCGACCAGUCUCCAAUCAUCAUGUACGGUUUUGUGAAUUACGCCCUCGAGCUGCUGGUUGUGAAGACCUUUGACAGCGAGACGUGGGAGGCGAUAAAAAAAGAUGCGGCCGUUAAUAUGGAAGGACAGUUUCUGGUUCGCCAGAUAUAUGAUGACGAAAUUACGUAUAACAUUAUAUCGGCAGCUGUCAAUCGGCUCAAUAUACCGGCGAACGAGAUCCUCGAGCUGUUCGGCCGGAUGUUCUUCGAGUUCUGCCAGGACUCGGGCUACGACAAGAUUCUUCAGGUGCUCGGGGCUACGCCCAGGGACUUUUUACAGAACUUGGACGCCCUUCACGAUCAUUUGGGCACCUUGUAUCCGGGAAUGAGGGCACCCUCUUUCCGAUGCACCGAGAGGCCCGAGGAUGGCGCGCUCAUAUUACAUUAUUACUCCGAUCGACCUGGAUUGGAACAUAUCGUGAUCGGCAUAGUUAAGACCGUGGCGAAAAAGCUUCACGGCACGGAUAUAGAGAUGCGAAUAUUGAAGACAAAAAACGAAUGUGAUCACGUGCAAUUUUUGAUCACGAACACGUCCGGCCCUGGGGUCGUUUCAAACCCCAUGAUUGCAGAACUCGAGACUUUAUCUGUCGAGCCAAAAGUGAGUCCGAUGACGUUCUGCCGAGUUUUUCCAUUCCAUCUGAUGUUCAACAGGGACCUCAUCAUCGUUCAAACUGGAUGCACUAUAACACGAGUUAUACCUCAAGUAUGCUCCGGUAAUUGCAAGUUGAACGACAUCCUUCUUACCGUCAGGCCGCAUUUAGAAUUGACAUUUGAGAACAUUCUGUCACACAUAAAUACGGUUUAUGUGUUGCGAACGAAGAAGGGCGUGAUGCGAGUCGACGCUUCGGAAGAAUAUUCGUAUCUACGUUUAAAAGGGCAAAUGUUGUACAUACCCGAGUCAGAUCUCGUCACCUUCCUUUGUUAUCCUAGCGUGAUGAACUUGGACGACCUAACCAGGCGAAGCUUGUACCUGAGCGACAUCCCCCUUCACGACGCUACCAGAGAUCUCGUACUGAUGUCGGAGCAAUUCGAGGCUGAUUACAAAUUAACGAGAAACUUGGAAUUGCUUACCGAUAAAUUGCAACAGACGUAUCGCGAGCUGGACGGUGAGAAGCAGAAAACCGACAGGUUGUUGUACUCGGUGCUACCCAUUUCCGUGGCGAACGAGCUCAGGCACUCGAGGCCAGUUCCGGCGAAGAAGUACGACUGCGUGACCCUGUUGUUCUCUGGAAUCGUGGGCUUCGGGGCCUACUGCGCCGCUCACACGGACUCCAGCGGUGCGAUGAAAAUCGUCAACAUGCUUAAUCAGCUGUACACCGCGUUCGACGUGCUCACUGAUCCGAAGAAAAAUCCGAACGUGUACAAGGUCGAAACUGUUGGUGACAAAUACAUGGCCGUGAGCGGAUUACCGGAACCAUGUCGUUGCCAUGCACGGUGCAUCGCUCGUCUCGCUUUGGAUAUGAUGGAUCUAGCCGCGGACGAAGUGCAGAUCGAUGGCGAGCCGGUGAAAAUCACCAUCGGGAUCCACAGCGGGGAGGUCGUCACCGGUGUAAUUGGCCAUCGUAUGCCCCGUUACUGCCUGUUCGGAAACACCGUGAAUCUGACCAGCCGAACCGAGACGACCGGAGAGCCGGGGAAAAUAAACGUCUCCGAGGACGCUUACAGGUACCUGUGCAUGCCAGAGAACCAGGAUUCUCAAUUUCUGCUUGAAUACAGAGGACCCGUUACCAUGAAAGGCAAAUCGGAACCGAUGAACGUUUGGUUCCUGUCCAGAGAAAGGGAGCUAUCCGCGUAAAUUCGCAAUCACUAUGGCAACCGCCAAAUUUUAGCAAUAUUUUUCGGCUCGAACUCUUUAUUCGUUUAGCGCGUUCUAUAGAAAAAAAAAAAA